AUGGAUAACACACAUAAUAAUACACAUGAUGGUUAUGAUAUGAACAACCAACUCCACCACCACCACCAAAAUCCUAUACCUCAAUUCAAUCAAUUCCAUCAACAGCAACAACAACAGCAGCAGCAGCAGCUACCACCACCACCUCAGCAACAAUUACCAUCUCAACUGAAUUAUAAUCUACUACCUUCUCAUUCAACUACAACUACUGGUAAUUCCACUACCAAUUUUAAUGGGAAUGGCCACACCCAUAAUAUCAACAAUACAAGUACUCCACCACUACCUAUAUUAAAAUCUUCACUUCCUGAUCCUUUACUUUCUACUUCAAAUGCCCAAUCUGUUUCUAUGAAUAGAAGAAGAUCUUCAAAUACUACAAAUUCUCCAACUAACAAUGAUUUUGAUUCAAAAACUUGUCAAUUUUGUCAUAAACAAUUUGCUCAUAAAGGGUCUUUGGGUAGACAUCUUGAUUUUAAAAAAGGGGAUCCCUGGCAUCCCAUUGAUCAAGUUAACUUAAUUAGAAUUAAUGCAUCAAGAAGAAGAAGUAGUGAUUUUAGUUUCCAUUCAAUUGAUGAGAAUUCUACUAAUAAUAACAAUAACUUAUCUUCAAAUUCUUCAACUCCAGUACUUUCUGCUGCCUCACUAAGUAAAGUAUCCUCAACUGUUUCUUUAAAUAAAAUACCUUCAAAUACUUCACUACAUACAUCGAACCAACAACUGAACUCAACUACCUCAUCUACAGCCACUACUCCAUCAUCGUCUAUAACGAAAAAAAGAAGAGUUUCUAAAAAAUCAAUGGCAAUAUCUCAAAUGUCAAGUGAUUCAGCAAGUGGUCAAAAAGAAAAAAGUAAAUUAAGAAGAAAAUUAAGAGAUCGUAGAAUAAAAGCCAAAAUAUUAACAAAUGAAUGGUUUCAAGAUUUAUUUGCUAAUCAAAAAUUACCUGAUUUUUUAACAAAUAGUAAUGAAAUUCAACCUCCUGAAUUAUUUGUUCAUUUAGUUGCUUUAUAUUUACCUGUUAAUGAAUGGCCAACAAAUUCUCCACCUGAUGAAUCAUAUCUUAAUUUAAUUAUUAAUAGAAUGAAAGUUCGACAAAAAUCAAAUUUAAUAAAUUUAUUAAAUUUAAGUUUUAAAAAUUAUAAAUUACUUAAAAAUGAUUUGAAAUUUCAAUUAUGGAAUCAAGAAUCUAUUAAAGUAUUAAAAUCAACUAUUGGUAAUUUUUCAAUUUGUGAUUUAUAUGAAAUUAAAUCUGUUAUCGCCAAAAGAGAACAAGCUAAUUUUGAAGAAAUUUGUCGAAAUGAUAAAUUAUCAGCAUUUGUUGAAGUCGAACCUACUUCUACAUCCAAUAUAACACCACCAGUAGAAAAUGAGGAGGAUUUAGAAGAAGAAGAAGAGGAAGAAGAAGAAGAAGAGGAAGCAGAAGAAACCGAUAAUUCUCCUGAUCGUCCACCACCACCACCACCACCGCCACAAUCUUCUCAACAACAAUUACCACUAUUACCAAAUCACCAUCCACAUCAUAAUCCUUAUAUUUCACAAAUUUCUGAAGUACAACAUCCUAAUUUUGAAGACUUUAGUUCUUCAUUUGAUAAAUUUUACUAG